GUUCAACUCUCGAUUCGAAUGGCUAUUACCGAAGGUCCGAAUAUCCUUGUUGACGAACAGCAUCACCAAGACCGCAUCACGCUAAUUCACAGAUAUCAUCUCCACCAUCAUCUCUCUAUUACACAUCAUUUCCAACAAGAAAAUUCUAGACUCCCGUACAGAAAAUCCGAAUCAAACGUAACACCUUGGCCCUUCAAACUAUUACCCCAUCGUCGACACAUUCCAAGACUGCGAUUUCCACCAGACGCCUCAACAUUCGUUGGUCAACAUGUCACACAUCUCCCUUCAGUAUCCGCCAUGCAAUGUACGGCCUGGGGGAAAGGUUUCUGGUGUCGGGAGUCGGCAGUGAUGUCGGCUUAUCUGUAUCGACCGGGUGAGGAACAGCACUCAACAAGACGCGUGAAUUCGGGAUGA